AAUAUAUAACAAUGUAAAAUAUAUGUAUGUAAAAUUAGUGGAGCAAUUAUAGAAAAUAAAUUUAAUAAAAUCGGUAUAUUUAUAUAUUUUUUUAUAUUUAUAACAGAAUUAUUUUUAAAUAGUUAUUAUUGUAAUUGUUUAUAAUAAUAAAUAUAUAAAUUUGUAAUAUGGAUGAUGAAUUAGAAGACAAAAUUAUUUAUCAGACAUAUUUAUCCCACAUGAAGCUGAUGUCGAAAAUUGCUGUCGGCGGGUUAUUACCUGCCGGAAUAAAUCCACAAUUGGUUUAUUUUUGGAAACUGAUGCGUUACUAUGCUUUAAAACCAGAGAUUGUAUUUUGUGGCGCAAUAAUACUAAUUAUCAUAUAUUACCUCCAAGCUGUUGACACUUGGAGUAGAAGUUUGAUACAUAAAUUACACUACACCGUUUACAAAACGAAUUCCAAGGUGUCAAAAUUACAGUUUCUUAUCAACAAUGUUAACACAAGCGGUGAUAAGGUUAGCUGGGAGUUGGAGCAAAACAAUGUCGCGGCUUACGCGGUCCAAGGUCACAGAGAUCAUAUGGAAGAUCGUUUUAUAGUAAAUAAUGAUAUUGAUAAUACAGGAGUUUCAUUAUUUGCUGUCUUUGAUGGCCAUGGUGGUGAGUUUGCAGCAGAUUACGCGCGAGAUAAACUGAUUCCCAGUAUAAAUAGCAGAGUCAUUGAGCUAAAAAAUAUUAUUUCCGGUAAAAUUAAAGCUCCCGUCCAAUCAGACGAGCUCACAGAUAAAGACAACCAGAAUAAUAACGAUAAUGAGGAGCCCGUUAAAAAAACUGACGAUGAAUGGAGCAAACGGCGAAAGUCUUUUAAAAAAACAGUCAGUGCCUCGCACACCGACGAUUGUAUGGAAAACAAGACAAUAACAGACCCGGUGUUACUGGGCAAGUUGGACAGCUUGCCUCGCCCGAUAACGCGGGAAGUGAAACCCGGUAUUUGGACAACUAAAAAUAAACCGCGACAAGUAGACAUCAAUAGUUAUCUGGAACAAGACACUGCUAGUAGUAGCAGCAGUAGAAAAAAAAUAAACUAUCAGAAAUUAUUGACCGACGAAGUGCUGGCGGCGGACAGUCUGCUAGUUGAUGCAGCGAAAAGAAAGAUGGACGUUGCCGGUUCGACGGCACUGAUCGUUAUACUAGAUGACAAAAAACUUAUCGUUGCAAAUGUCGGUGACUCACGUGGAGUUAUGUGCGACAAUAAAGGGAACGCGAUACCUCUGUCAUUUGAUCAUAAACCCCAGCAGCAACGGGAGAGACAGAGGAUAAAUAAAGCUGGUGGUCUGGUGACCUUUAAUGGCGUAUGGCGAGUCGCUGGUAUUCUGGCGACGUCGAGAGCACUUGGAGAUUAUCCGCUUAAAGACAAAAAAUUUGUUAUCGCAGAUCCGGAUAUUUUGACAUUCGAUCUCAAGGAUCACGAUCCGAUGUUUUUGAUUCUCGCUUCUGAUGGACUAUGGGAUACGUUUUCUAAUGAAGAGGCUGUUGCUUUUAUAAAACAACGACUUGAUGAACCUUUUUAUGGAGCUAAAAGUAUUACACUGCAAAGUUAUUACAGGGGAUCAUUGGACAAUAUCACUGUGAUAGUAAUUAAUUUUAAAGACAAAAAGUACAGCGUUGCUGAAAAAAAAAGUGUAUGAUAAUAAAUUAUUAUUAUUAUUUUAAAUAACUUAUUUAUUUUAUUUAUUAUUAUUAUCGUUGAUUUAUUGAAAAAUUUUAAUUGUCUAGUCUACGAUUUAUUAUUCAAUUUUAAAUGAAUCUGGUUUAGGAAAAAUAUUUGUUAUUUAAAUAAUAAAAAAAAAAAAAUCAACUCUCAAAAUUUACAAAAUAAUCAAACUUCUGUCGUUGCGCUUUUACAGUAAUUAAUUUCAAAAUUUUUUAAAGUAAAAUUACCAUGAGUGUAAAUGUAGCAGACAUAAGACAAUUUUUAAAUUACAUAUAAAAAAAUAAAACCAAACUGACAAAAUAAAAAAAAAUGCAUGUACUGAUUUUAGAAUUUUCUAAAAGUCCAUUUUUUAAUUUUUUUCUAAAAACAAUUUUUUUUAUUGCAGUCGGACCUCUUUAUAAGACUAUUUGCUGUCUUUUUUAUAAGCCAGGUAUCGCGAUAGUUUGAGAGAGAAACUACUAGUCUUAUAACGAGGACUUACUGUAAUUUAAAAUUUAAAAAAUUGUCAGAUGUCCGGCAUUUUUACUGUCAUAAAUAUGAUUCUAAAGUUAGCAGACAUUUAGUAAUUUUUGGAUUAUUGUUUCAAAAAAUGAAUUAAAAAAAAAAAUAAAAACUAAAAAUAUGCACCUAUAGAAAAUUUUAUAAACUACAGGUGCAAUUUUUUUAAAUAUUUUUUUUUCUAAUUUAUCGUUUAAAAAAUAAAAUCCAAAAAUUAUCAGACAUUUGCUGACUCCAGUAUCAUGAUCCUGAAGUUAGCAGACAACAAACAAUUUUUGAAUUUUUUUUUCAACAGAUGAAUUAAAAAAAAAAAAAACUAAAAAUAUGCACAUGUAGAAAAUUGAAAAAACUACAAGUGCAAUUUUUCAAAAUAUUUUUUUUUUAAUAAUUUAUUGUUAGAAAAAAAAACCAAAAAUUAUUAAACGUCAGCUGACUUCAGUUUCAUAAAAUUACGAAACCGAAAUAAUUUAUCGUUUUGAAAAUAAUCAAAAAAUUACUAGACGUCGGCAAACUUCAGUAUCAUUACCAAGUCAUAAAUUACUUUAUAUAAAAUUGUAAAAAAAAAAUUGUAACUUGUUAUUAAUUAUUAUUAAUAAUUAAGGAUUGUUGUGAAUUAAAUUUUUAUUUAAAUAAAUUAUAAUCAUAAAUUAGUUAGAUCGUUAUUUAUUAUAGAAUUGACAGUUUUUUAUUUUUUUUUUCAUUUUAUUUUUUUUUUUAAAUAAUAAUUUAUAACGAUGUGAAUUAUUGCUAUAAUAAUAAUAAGUAAAUGACAUGAUUUGUAACAUUUUAUUACCAUCAUUUUAUAAAUGCACAGAAACAUAUCUAUACAUAUAUAUAAAUAUAUAUAUUUAUAUAUACAUAUAUAUUUGUUGACAAGAAUAUACGAUGCAUUUAUUUUAUAAUCAUUAAUACAGAAGAGUAAUAGAAUGACAACUUGUAAAGAAGUAAAAGCUUUACAUAUUUUUAAUUAAAUUUAUUAAUAUCUAAUUAUUAUUAAAUUGUUUAUACUUAUUAAUAAAUGAAACAGUAUAUAAUAUAAUUUUAAAACAUUUUUUUAAACAUUUAAGAUGCAAAAUAUUCAAUUGCAUUAACAUCAAAGACGACACGUGCACUCUAUUGUUAAAUAAAGAGCAGGUUUAUUUGUUAAUACAUAAUAAUAAAUAUAUGAUAAUUGAUAAAUACAAUAUAUAAUAAUAAUAAUUUAAUGAUUAAGGGGAAGCACGCGAGCGGUACACAGCGUGGAAGACUCAUUUAAUAAUUGUAUGUUGAUUGAUUCAUAUAAGAAUAGAUUUAGUUUUAUAUAUAUAUAGAUAUAUAAAUAGAAAAUUUACAUAUAUAAUAACUUGUGGGCGCAGCGCGUUCAAUUGUCUAUUUUUUGAAAAUAAUAACAUUCGAUAAGUGACUAAAUUUUUUUUAAAAUUAAAAUGCUAAACCUUGUUUUUUAAAUUUCAGGGAAUAAAUACUUAAAUAUGAUGAUAUAUGGCCUUAUAUGAUUACAAAAUCUGAUCAGACACGAAAAAUGGCCUUUGUUAUCAUCGAUGAUCAUAUAUGACCCCAUCUGAUCAUAUAUGGUCAUACCUGAUCAUACAUACUGAUUUAUGAUCAUAUACGAUAUCAGGUAUGAUUUUAUAUGACCGUAUGUGAAUGCUUAUAUCUAAUCAGAUACAAAAAAUGAUCUUUUUUAUCAUUGAUGAUCAUAUAUGACUUCAUCUGACCAUAUAUGGUUCUACUUGAUCAUGCAUAAAUAUCUAUGAUCAUAUACUAUAUCAGAUGUCAUCAUAUACGACCUAUAUGAUUACAUAUAUCUGAUCAGAUACAAAAAUGGUCUUUGUGAUCAUUAAUGCUCAUAUAUGGUCCAAUCUGAUUACAGAUAGUUAUCUAUGGCCAUACACUAUAUCAGAUAUGAUCAUACAUAACCUAUAUUAAUACUCAUAUCUGAUCCGAUACAAAAAAUGGUCGUUUUUAAUAUUGAUGAUCGUAUAUGACCCCAUCUGACCAUAUAUGGUCAUACCUUAUCAUA